AUGCGCAAUAAACGCCAAGUCUGGGUAUCCCUUCAUUCUCGCGGUGCGCUCUCCCUCGGGGCAAAUAGAACGCAACUGGGCUACGCCGCAUUCCACUGGGGAAUCCUCAUCAGUCCUAAAGUCUCAACCGGCGCAGACUGCCAUGCCUACGACGUAACAGACAGUAUUAUCCUCGACUCAAAUAGCCGAACAAAUCUCAACUCGCAGAAUGACUGGCGGUUUCGUCACAACCCAAACGACGACCUAGAACGCAACGCAGGUAUCCUGGGAAUGGUCAUGAUAGGCAAAGUCCCGAAUGACGUUUCGUAUGACGAGAUUGAGACCCAUCUAGCAUCUCUUCCGCUUCCGGACAAAGAUGCCCAGCCGGCUCAAAACUGCGUGACAUGGACGAUGGCUGCCAUCGGGAAGUUGCAGGGGAUCGGGAUAAGCAAAAUCCUAAUGGUUCCUUAUUUACAAAAGCUCUUUGUGGACCUGUACCAGGCGGGAGCUAGGUAG